UUAUUGUUUUGUCAAAUAAAUCGUGUGUCGGCUCGUUCCGAGUGUGUGUGCUUUUCUUCGCGGUUUUCGGUUCUUCCCAGCAGUGUGGUGUGGUGAUUCGUCGCGGCCGUGGUCCAGUCCGAUAUUUUACUAGCCAGUUGCUAGUAAUCAGCUCAGCGCACAAGUUGCCACACAGCACCACGCGGAGUGCAGAUUCUGGAGAACGCAAAAUCUAUAGCAGAUUUGAAUACUUUCAAAAGAAUAUCUGGAUACGAUGGCUAAUCUAAGGGACGGUCUUCUAUUGGGAUGUGGCAACCCGUUGCUGGACAUCUCUGCAAUUGUAGAUGAGCAAUUCCUUGCCAAAUACGACAUGUUGCCAAACAAUGCCAUCCUUGCAGAAGAAAAGCACAUGCCAAUCUAUAAGGAGCUUGUCGACAAGUUCAGCGCUGAAUUUAUCGCUGGUGGUAGCGUCCAGAAUUCUUUCCGCGUGGCACAAUGGGUUUUCCAAAGGCCGAAAGUUGCCGUCUUCUUCGGAUGCGUAGGACAAGACAAGUAUUCGGAUAUCCUUUCGGAGAAAGCCACUGAGGAUGGAGUCAAUGUGCAGUAUCAAUUCUGCAAGAACACUCCGACUGGAACGUGCGCCGUGCUGAUUACCGGAACCCAACGAAGCCUGUGUGCUAACCUUGCUUCGGCCAAUAACUUCACGGUGGAUCACCUGAAAACGCCGGAAUGUGAUAAGUUUCUACAAAAUGCGGAGUACUUUUACAUUUCCGGGUUCUUCCUAACGGUGAGUGUGGACAGCAUUUUGGCCGUGGCGAAGCAUGCCCUCUCCAAGGAUCGGUUAUUUAUGAUGAACCUGAGUGCCCCAUUCAUUCCACAAUUUUUCAAAGAAAACCUGGACCAAGUUUUUCCGUACAUUGAUAUUCUUUUUGGGAAUGAAACGGAAGCGCUUGCCUUUGCCGAGGCACAAAAGUUUGGCACCGAAGAUCUGAAGGAAAUCGGUUUGAAGAUUUCUGCGUUACCAAAGCAAAAUGAAGCUCGUGGACGCGUUGUAAUCAUUACUCAGGGCAGUGAUCCGGUGCUGUUGAUCCAAGAUGGAGCUAUUAGGGAAUUUCCAGUUGAAUUGCUUCCAACGGAUCAGAUUGUAGAUACGAACGGUGCUGGCGAUGCGUUUGUUGGUGGUUUUCUGGCUCAGUUGGUCCAGCAGCGAAGCUUUGAUACAUGCAUCGAGUGUGGUAUAUGGGCUGCCCGGAAAAUCAUCCAAAGAUCUGGUUGUACCUUUGAGGGAGUACCUGAUUUCAAGCCAUAAAACGGUCGAUGACAAAAAAUUUUACCUUCCCUCAAGACGAGCGCUUUUUCUUUCAGAGGAAUUUUCUCUAGUUUUGUAUACCACAACCGCUUGACUCUCCCUAAAGGCAGAACGGUCCCUUGUGGAAUUAUGGUAAAAACGCGUUAUUUACCUGUGUUUUACAAUGUCCACUUUAAGUUACCUGUUUUUCAGAAAAAAUCUUAAAAUACCUAAACUAGAUCGUCCUAUUUCAUAAGAGCCAAUGAAGAAAUAAAUCUUAAAUAUUACUGUUUUUUC